UCAUUUUCAGUUCAGACUAAAGAACAAACAUCAGUCACUUUCAAACUGUUUCCUGGACAGGAGCUGCUGCGCAGGGAAACAACACGUGCUAUACAGGAUCGGACGCGUGAAAUGAGCGCACGUUGGAGGGAGAACGAGGCGGAUCUGGAAAACCUCGCCGGGAGAGAAGCCCCGGACACUGAAGCUCUGGAGAUGUUUGCCCAGAAAAGAGCUGAGGACAUAAUCCAGUCCUUCAUGGAAGCAGUAGAACCUGAGAUGUCCGGCUGUGAUGAAGAGCAGGAGAAGUUUGCCGAGGAGCUGGCGUCAGCAGUGAUGGCGGUCGCUCUGAGGGAAGUGUGCGUUGGCGGUUUCCAGUGUUUAAGAUCCGCUGAAGAAAAACUGGAUGAAGUUCAGGCCCAGAAACUGGACGGAUCUGGGAGAGGAGGAGGUUUUUUGAACAUGGACACGGGAACAGAUGCGGUUCUGCAGACCUCCAGUGACCUUCGGCUCUACUGCUCAGGUCUGCCCGUCAUGGGGUCGCUCGACUACCCCGACGCCCCGCCCACCACGCCACUCCUCCCCGAGCUCCAGAGGAGCAGACGCAGCUUCGCCAGGCAGCUGAAAGGAGGCCUAGCGAAGGUGUUCCUGCCCUCACCUCCUCCGACGACCCCGAAGGAGGACAAGGACGAGGUCGUCAACCCGCGGCUGGCGUUAAUGGAACAUCUGAUCCACUCACUGUCCGCGGGGGAUUUGACGAGAGAUUGUCUUGACGCAGGAGCCAAGAUGGAGGCGUUUGCCGAGGCUCUCUCCUCUGACAUCAUUGACUGGGUGUCAAGAGGCGGAGAGAAGAUAGAAGAUGACAACGAUCUUCAUCUUCUGGCCCAGCGACUGGCUGAAACCAUCAUCUCCUCCUCCAUCCAUGAAGCUGAAAUGAACAGGAUUUAAUGUGUGGAAUUAAGGUGAUAAAUGACCUUUGAACUUAGCGAUGGAGGCAGCAGCAGACUGUAGGUUCCUCACAUGUCCUAUAGAUGGCAGCACAAGAGCAAUGUUCCCGGGUAUUUCCAGGCUGAACUAUUUUAAGUGAAGGCUCUGAUUGUGAAAGUUUUGUUUUUCUUCAGUCUUUUUUGUUUAAGGUGAAAGUAAAAACA